AUGAUACCUUCACCAAUACGUGACUCGGUCGUAGGAUCAUGUGUAAAUGUCAUAACCUUGAAGGUAAAAGAAUCGGAAGUUGGCUUCCCGAUAAAAGUUUUUGGUACCGUUGUAGCAAGAGACCAGGUCGACUAUAGAUGUGUUUAUCUCUUCAGGCGUGAAAGGGAUGAUCCCCAACUCAUCACCUCGGCGGACGGUGAGGUUGAAGAUUUCAGCAAAGGUGUGAUCGGUUUCAACAGGGCCCGCCUCCCUAAUGAUAAGCAGACCAUGGGUGUGAGUCUAAAUAGCUAUCUGAGUAGGGUGGAAGUGAGAUGUGCGUAUGUUGUAUAUCCCAUUGAAGCUGCCAUUGAAGUCAAUAUCUUGAAGGGACCGUGUAGUGUCUCAAGAGUUGCUGCCUGGACUACCAAGAAUUAUGAGUAUAGUAUGGAUCUUUACAACAGCGGUGGUGAAGCAGCAGCAGAGAUUGAGGCAGGAGGGACCGUUCCCUUGAGUCGUCGCAUUGUAGCUGUCCCACUUGGUAGAAAGUUGGUGCUCCUUGUCACCGGUCGUAGCGUUGGUGAUGUUUUUGAUAAAAACAUCAUCGCACCUUUAGGACGAUCAACUGAGUUGAUGCAUUAUAAAUUAGGCUCCGCACUUGUGGAGGUGAAACUUGUCUGGACAGCUGUUCCCAGACGUGAGAGACAAGAUAUGAUCAAGGAUGUGGGAGACGAGAGCCUUUUGAUGUGA